AUGCUGGAGUAUUUCGUAACAAGUCUAAUUGUUUACAAUCUCUUCCUGGUCCUUCCAGCAGCUCUUCUCUUAUUCACUGUUCCAACGACAUGCUGCAACAAAAAGAAGAAGAAAACGUCGAAGUCGGCGUCAAAAAACAAGAAGAAUAAGCAUCAUAAAGGAAAAAAGAAGCAUUCGAAGACUGCUCCAACUACUACUCCGUUGACUACUCCACUCAACAAUAAUCCUCUUGUUCCAACUCCAAUCACUUCUACUCCAAUCGCUCCACCCACUCCAUUAACACAGACUCCGAAAGCAGCACCGACGCCUACAGUGACAGAUUCAACAGAAGCUGUCGAUACUAAACCAGCUGUUGUUGUACCUGUUAUAUCCACAAAAUCCAAAGAAAAUGUGGAAAAAGAAGAAGAGAAAAAGAGUAAAAAGAGUGAAAAAGAAGAGGAAAUUGGAGAACUAUUGAGAUGUCGUGACUACACCCCUGAGAACUUCGGUGAACUUAAAUAUCUCUUCGAUUUGUUGGAUUGA